AGCAAGCACAAUAGCUUCAGGCAAGCAGCGGGACUGGCUAAGAGCAACCGGAAACCCUGCAGGGAGAGAAAUGAGAAAGUUGGUUUGUUUUGGAGGAAGAUCCCAAAAGCUUCGUCCAACAAAAGACUGUCUGAAAAGUGGCAUCACCGUCCUUAUGCCUGGACGUCCCUAUUUUCAUCGAAGAAAUGUUGGAAGGCAAGCAUCAACUGCUUGAUGAUGACCAGCCAGCAUUUUAAAGCAGCUCCUGCUGAUGCAGUCACGUUCGCCGUGAAGCACUCGGAUGACGUCGAGGUCGAAAUCAUCAGCGACGGCCAAUCGGAGCAUGCCCCUGCCAAUGGCGGGAAGCAGUGGCCUCUGGACCCCAAGAUCACCUUGAGUAUACAGAUGACGCAUCCCAGCACUGAGGCCAACGACAACAAAGUAACUGUGGGCUAUUAUGGUGAGAAUGGAGGCCACCCCAUUGACCAAGCUGGCGUUUUCCUGACGGGAAUUGAGAUUUCUCUGGAUGUCGAUGCUGACCGCGAUGGGGUGGUGGAGAAGAACCACCCCAAAAAGGCGGUGUGGACGUGGGGUCCAGAUGGGCAGGGUGCCGUUCUGCUGGUGAACUGCGAUAAGGAAAAUCCGUACACCGGAAAGGAGGACUGCCAAGAUGACAAAGUCUUCUCGAAGGAUGACCUGGAAGACAUGUCCCGCAUGAUUUUGAGAACAAAAGGCCCUGACCGGCUGCCUCCAGGCUACGAGAUGGUCCUCUACAUUCCACUGUCCGACUGCGACAAAGUUGGGGUCUUUUACCUGCAGAAUCCCUUCUUUGGCCAGCGCUACAUCCACGUCCUGGGGCCACGGAAGCUCUUCCACGUUGUGAAAUACACAGGGGGCUCUGCAGAGAUGGAAUUCUUUGUCGAGGGUCUCCGCUUCCCAGACGCCGGCUUCGACGGUCUCGUCACCAUCAACGUCAGCCUGCUGGAGCCAGUCGCUGAGGGUAUUCCACAGACCCCAAUUUUCACAGACACCGUAGUCUUCCGGAUUGCCCCAUGGAUCAUGACCCCAAACACUUUGGCGCCAGUCAACGUUUUUGUCUGCAGUGUGAAGGAUAAUUACCUCUUCCUGAAGGAGAUCAAGAACUUGGUCAGCAAAGCUAACUGCAAGAUGUCGGUCUGCUCACGGUACAUGAACCGAGGGGACCGGUGGAUGCAGGACGAGAUUGAGUUUGGCUACAUCCAUGCCCCCCACAAGGGCUUCCCGGUGGUCCUGGACUCCCCGAGGAACGGAGGCCUGGAAGACUUUGCUGUGAAAGAGAUUUUGGGCCCGGAUUUUGGCUACGUCUCCAGGGAGCCCCUCUUUGAAGAAGUCACCAGCUUGGACUCUUUUGGGAAUCUGGAAGUCAGCCCGCCAGUGACUGCCGAUGGAAAAGAGUACCCUUUGGGAAGAAUCCUCAUUGGAAGCAGCUUCCCUCUGUCCGCAGGGCGGAGGAUGACCAAGGUGGUGCGAGAUUUCCUCUAUGCCCAGAAAGUCCAGUCACCCAUCGAGCUCUACUCUGACUGGCUGACGGUGGGCCAUGUAGACGAGUUUCUGACAUUUGUCCCCAUUCCUGGCAAAAAGCAAUUCCGGAUGCUCAUGGCCAGCCCUUCCGCCUGCUACAAGCUGUUCAGGGAGAAGCAGAAAGAAGGUCAUGGAGAAGCCGUCAUGUUCAAAGGGUACACCGGCACAGACACGAAGCGUGUCACCGUCAACAAGGUGCUCUCCAACGAGGUCAUGGUGCAAGAGAAUCAGUAUGUGCAGCGGUGCAUUGACUGGAACCGGGACAUCCUCAAGAAGGAGUUGGGUCUGGCAGAAAAGGAUAUCAUUGACCUGCCAGCCCUCUUCAAGAUGGACAAGCAAGGCAAAGCGAUGGCUUACUUCCCCAACAUGGUGAACAUGAUUGUGCUGUCCAGGGACCUGGGCAUCCCCAAGCCGUUUGGGCCUAUCAUCGAGGCUGAGUGCUGCCUGGAGCAGCAUGUCUGCUCCCUCCUGGAGCCACUGGGCCUGACCUGCACCUUCAUCGACGACGUUUCGUCCUACCACAAGCAGCUGGGGGAGGUCCAUUGCGGCACUAACGUUCAGCGCAAGCCUUCUGCCUUCAAAUGGUGGAACGUGACUCCAUAGUAAUAAGGGGAGAUUUCCUGAAAACUGACCCAGGGGGUGGGUGGGGAGAGGAUUCGGACAAGCAGUUUUGCACCCCACAUGCCCUUUUGACCCGAGUCCACCAAUCCCGAGUUUUGAAUCGGGUUGGUGCCAUCCCAGGCGAACGAUGGACUCAAGAGACCUCUGUUGGUUGCAGAAGCUGCACAAAUCAAUAGAUGCUUCAUUGGGUGAGUGGGAGAAAACUGUUUGCCUGAAUCCUCCGGCAGAAGCAGCUUUUUCCCCCCCUGUUGUUUUCCAUUGCUCGGGGACUGAUGGGGGCUCCUUUGGGGUGUGUGUUAACUGGAUUUGUGGGGGCUUUCUUUUUCACUGAUGACUUUGCAGGUGCUGUGUGCUUGUUUUUCCCCUCCCUUCUUUUUGCCUCGCAAAGUCCUUCAGCAGAAUGCCAGCUUCCUUUCUCUGUGCAUGCAAAAGAAGAAAAAGAAAACAGAAGACCCGAAGCCCAUUCCAUAUUCUGUGUGUUUUGUGUGUGCUAAAGCUUUCUGGAAGUCGUGGCAGCUGCAGACGGGGGGCUCGUAUCUAGAGAAGUCCUCCUUGGCUUGUAGGCCCCUUAGAUAGUCAUGUGUAUUAACUUCCAUGGGUCUACUCUUGGGUAGGAUCGGAUACAAGCCUAUAUAACUGGUUUGGGGCAUUAUACCAAAAAUAGUAUCAUAACAAAUGGAAAGACGCUUCUGAGUUGGUAACAAUAAUAUUAAUAAAAUGGGGGAAACGCU